AGGGCAGAUGUGUGAAACACCUGAAGAGUCACGAGGCAAUGGUAGCGGCGAUGCGGUGAUGUGAUGUAGAAAAGUGGUAGAUAAAUCCAUCCUCUAGCGAGAAACCUUCAGUAGGCAAAACCAUGACGGGCGUCACCUGACAUGGAGAAGACAAUGGCUCCUCAUCAUACCGGCGAAGACGUCAUCAAGGGAAAGCCACAGCACGUUAACAGAGCGGCUGGCGGCGUGUCUUACUUUACCCCAGCUCAACUUCCACCCGCUGGGACUGCUCUUGUUACCAAAGACACCAAGAACGUACCCAAGCUCUUUAGACCACUGAGGAUCCGCGGUCUUACGCUCAACAAUCGCAUUACUGUAGCGCCGAUGUGCCAGUACUCCGCCGAAGAUGGGCAUUUUACUAUGUGGCACAUUACUCACAUGGGUGGCAUCGUGCAGCGUGGCCCAGGUAUCUCCUGCGUUGAAGCAACUGCUGUGUCACCGGAGGGCCGGAUCUCGCCGGAGGAUGUUGGGCUUUGGAAGGACAGCCAAAUCGAGGGCUUGCGCACAGUAGUUGACUUUGCUCAUAGCCAGGGCCAAAAGAUGAUGAUCCAGCUGGGUCAUGCGGGUAGGAAGGCAAGCACUGUUACACCGUGGCUCUCCUCUGGAGCCAUAGCUGGAAAGGAGCUCAAUGGAUGGCCAGACGAAUGUUGGGCUCCCAGCGCUCUUGCAUGGGACGAGAACCAUGCUAUUCCGAGGGCUAUGACCAUACAGCAGAUCCAAGAUUUCAAAGUCGCAUUCGCUGAUGCUGUCAAACGUGCGCUGAAGGCCGGCUUUGACGCGAUUGAAAUUCAUGGGGCCCACGGCUACCUUAUUUCCGAAUUUCUGUCCCCCGCGACAAACCACCGUACGGAUGCAUAUGGUGGCAGUUUCGAAAAUCGCACGCGGCUCGCUAUUGAGCUCGUCGAGGAAACUCGUGCGAUCAUCCCGGACGACAUGCCGCUCUUCUUCCGUAUUUCUGCUACUGACUGGCUGGAGGAAGCAUCAGAGACAGAGAUACCUGAGUCCUGGACUGCUGACGAUACAGUCAAGUUCGCAGGUAUCCUGGCGCAGAAGGGCGUCGAUGUGCUGGAUGUGAGCACCGGUGGCAACCAUCCCUUGCAGAAACCGCAUUCCGGCCCAGCAUAUCAGGCACCGUUCGCCGUGAAGGUGAAACAAGCUGUUGGGGACAAGCUUAAAAUUAGCACUGUUGGCAUGAUCGACAACGCUCACCUUGCCAAUGAUCUGCUAGAGAAAGAGGGUCUGGACCUGAUAACAGUCGGCCGAGGUUUCCAAAAGAACCCGGGUCUUGUCUUUGCUUGGGCUGAUCAGCUUGGCAUUGAGGUUCGGAUGCCAAAUCAGAUUGCCUGGGGCUUUGGUGGUCGUGGGAAGAAGGACGGUGUCAUGCCGGUCUAUGAGAUUCCCAACCUGAUAGAGUAA